UGUUGGGUGUGUUGUGUUGAGGAUUGCACAGACGUUACAGCAUUAAGCAAAAAGCUCUGAGCGCGGUCACGGUACCGACUGCUCCCUCGUCACGGCGGUAAGACUCCCGGUUACCGGAAAACACCGACGACGUCACGUUAAUUUGCAGAAAGCGCUCGAGGUGUGGAGGGCGACACGCGGGCGGACCCGGCGUGGCAGCGAGACGGUUACUGUUCACCGGACUGAAGCGGCCGACCGAGCGCCGCCAUGAGCUCCAAGGUGUGCAGGAACUGCGGCGGCGCCGACAUCGACGUGGACGCGGCGCGCGGCGACGCCGUGUGCAUGACCUGCGGCUCGGUGCUGGAAGACAACAUCAUCGUGUCUGAGGUGGAGUUCGUGGAGACGGGCGGAGGAGGCUCGGCGGCCGUGGGCCAGUUCGUGGCCACCGGAGCCGGAGGAAUCAACCCGUCUUUUGGGGGAGACAACCACUUCUCAGGUGUGGGGAGGGAGUCCAGAGCCCAGACGCUGCAGAAAGCAAGACACAACAUCAACACUCUGGGUCACCAGCUGCAGAUGAACAAGCACUGCCUGGACACGGCCUUGAACUUCUACAAGAUGGCGCUCAUGAAGCACCUGACCCUCGGGCGCAAGAACGCCCACGUCGUCGCCGCCUGCCUCUACCUGGUCUGCCGCACCGAGGGGACGCCGCACAUGCUGCUGGACCUCAGUGACAUCCUGCAGGUGAACGUCUACAUGCUGGGGAGAACCUUCCUGGUGCUGUCCAGAGAGCUGUGCAUCAACGCCCCGGCUAUAGACCCGUGCCUCUACAUCCCUCGCUUCGCCCAGCUGCUGGAGUUCGGGGACAAGAACCACGACGUGGCCAUGACGGCCAUGAGGCUGGUGCAGAGGAUGAAGAGGGACUGGAUGCACACGGGACGAAGGCCAUCGGGUCUCUGCGGGGCAGCUCUUCUCGUCUCUGCUCGUAUGCACGAAUUUCGGCGAACCAUCAAGGAAAUCGUGGGCGUUGUAAAAGUUUGUGAAAGCACGCUCAGAAAAAGACUGACGGAGUUCGAGGACACGCCCACCAGCCAGUUGACCAUCGAGGAGUUCAUGAAGGUGGACCUGGAUGAGGAGUGUGACCCGCCCUGCUUCACAGAAGGCCUGAGGAAGAAGAAAUUCAACAAGCUGGAGAUCGAGCUGAAGAAGAAGAUGGACGACGUGGAAGAGGAGAUCCAGGUCUACCAGGACGAGAUCGACGGCGAGCUGGGGAGCAGCCGGCCCAAACUCAGAGGCGUCUACGCCGCCUACAGCAAACAGAACGUGUGCAAAGACGACGGUGACGACCGCUCGCCGACGUACCUGUCGUUGGACGGCGAGGAGGCGGAGAACGAGGACGACGAGGACGACGUGCUGCAGGCCGUCGCCAAGCACUUUGGAAAAGAGCUGCGGGAGCUCACGCUGGAGGCCCUGAUGAAGCUGGAGCGCAGGAGGCCGGGCCAGCAGGAGGAGGAGAAGGAGGAUGAGGAAGAAGAGCUGGAGGGGGACAUCCCCAAGAGGAAAGCCCCGUCGCUGCGGUCCAUCCUGGGCUCCAUGCCCACGGCGGCCAGCCUCGGCCUCCAUGAGACCCUCCAUGGAUCCACCGGGGACGGCAAGGGGAACGAUGGGGAUGCUGACGGCGGGGAGCUCGACCUGAGCGGGAUAGAUGACAGUGAGAUAGAGCUGUACCUGCUGAGUGACUAUGAAGUCCAAGUGAAGACGGCGCUGUGGAUGGCAGAGAACUCCGACUACCUCAAAGAGCAGAAAGUGAAGGAAGCAAAGAUAGCGAAGGAGAAGGAGCUCGGGAUCUACAAAGAGAAGAAGCCCCGAGGACCCUCGAGGAGGCACCCCCCGAUCCGAGCCAACACCGCGGACGAGGCCAUCGGGAAGAUGCUGGAGCAGAAGAAGAUCUCCACCAAGAUUAACUACGACGUCCUGAAGGACCUGAACAUCAAGCCGGCCGCCAGCCCGGCCCGCGGGGCCGAGUCCCUGAAGAAGGAGCCGGCCGGCCCCAAGCUCACGGGGCGCAGCAGGAAACCCCUCUGGCCGGCGCUCAGCCUCAGCACGCCGCUCAGCAGCCUGGGGAAAAGGUUGCAGCCGUUCAUUACCGGUCAGCCCAGUAAGAAGCUCGCUGUGGAGCAGCGCCUCCAUUAUGCUCUGAAUGGAGCUCCUUGAGGAGCUGGAGGAGCUCCGUCAACGAGGACGUAAACACUACCACAAGGAGGCCGGGUCAACAAGGCUCGUUACUUAGCAACAGCCCCCCCCCCCCCUCCUCCUGGGAACCUGAGGUGGCUGCUCCUCAUUACGUAACGCUGCAGAUUGAAAAGAGAUGUUUGUGCUUCCUCCCUCCUUCUCCUCCUCAGUAACCAUCUGUGCAUUUCUCAAACAACCCAAGGAAGGAAACAACCACUUUACAAGAACCCUCUCCCCUCAGAAAGGGCCCAACAAGUUGAUCUGUGACUGUUGAAAGUGUCUUCGUCUUCAUUUUUGUUUUCUUCCUCCUCUUUUUCCUCUUCCUCCUAGAACCACCUCCUGAAGGUCUUUUCCAAUUCUUUGAGAUGAGAUUUUCAGAAUAAAAGCUCAUUUAUUUGUACGAUGCAGUAAAGUCUGUAGUCGAGAUUUAAACUAUUAAAAUGUCACUUUAUUUAGUUUUAAAGUGACUGUUGAGAUGUUUGUCGCUUACAGUGGCUCUUAAAAAUAAACAGAAAGAAAAAAGGAUUAUGUAAAAGUUAUUUACAUUAUCCUACAGAAAAUAACCCCAAUUCUAUGCAGAGAAUACGAAUAAAUAACCGAGAAAUGCAUCAAGACCCAGAUCACGAGAUAAAGAGUUUAAAAUAUAAAGACAAAAACAUCACGCAGCGAUAAAAGAGAUCCUAAAAUAUGAUGCACACACACACGCUCUCUCGCUCUUGCUCUUUCUCUCGCUCUUGCUCUUUCUCUCGCUCUUGCUUUCUCUCUCUCUCUCGCUUUCUGUCUUGCUCUCACUCUUGCGUUCUUUAGUCGCUGCAGGCCGACAGACGUCGACGUCCCAUAAAACACCGAGCGCUGGUUUCCUCGCUUCCUUCUGGCUUCCUUCUGGCUUCCUAACGAGCCGUUUGUCCUCCUUAAGGAGACUCAGAGUCUUGAUGUUUGCAUAUCUCUGUAAACAUGAACGCCGAUAUGAAAACAUCUCCUAAUUAGUCUGGAGCUCAUUAAUUAUUAUUAUAUGUUAUAUAAAUAUAUAUAUAUAUAUAUAUAAAUAUCUCCACAGCCGGCUGAAGCCAGAAGGAAUCCACUGGGGGGUUCCGGGGCAUAUUUCAUUUUUAUAUAUUUCUUAUUAAUUCUAUGAUUGUGAGACCAAAAUAAAUAAAUUUCAAUCUAAGGACAUACAAAGCAGAAUAAGUGGGGAAAAACAACAACAAUGACAAGCUGUGAAUCGAUGUGCAAAUGAAGAAGAGAAGGAUAAAGUGAUGGAGGAUGCAGGUAGAAUUAAAGAGAGGAAAGGAAAGGAGGCAAAUAAGAGAAAGGUGGGAGGAGAGGAAAGGAGGCCCAUUGGAUGUAGCGAUGGCAGAAUGGAGCCCAGCAGGGGUCCAACAGGCUGAGGAGGUGCAGAUGAAUCGAGGCGGACAUGAAGUUCUGCUCUCUGGUGCUUCUGAGAUCUGUUAAACCACAAAUAAAUACAUACUCUGGGGAAACAUAACAUGUCCUUUAGCAGUCAUCAGUUUCUCGUGAUCGUUUUGGUGGAACCGGCGUCGUCGUCUUUGUGGGAAUGAAGUGAAACCUUCACGCUUUUGCUUAUCAUCGUUUCCACUGCUGGAGAAACACCUGACUUUAUUAAAGCGUGUUUGUUUUCUCUUACGGGGACAUGUCCUCCUGUGUCAGGCGUGUUUUCUGAUACAAAAAUAAAAACAACUAUAUAUCUGUCCCAGCAUGCACCUGGAAAAACUCUCCCGGUUACAGACUGUUUAAAUCACCUGCCGUCGCCCAGCGGGGGGGUCACAGUCUGAGUGGUGAAAUGCACCAGAGGAACAUUCUAAUUGGCUGUUUCCUCCACACUCAGCCCUUUAAUUCUCUCUUACUCUGAAGGGUCACCCCCCCACCCACCCCCUCCCCCUAAAGACAGUCCACUGCCGGGCAGCUUAUAAACAUGAGGUGAUAAUGAGGAGUGAGAUGAUGAAGGUCACGCUGUGUUCAGUCUCAUGUGGGGAAGAAAUGAAAUAUGAAAUAUCUCCUCUGCCACCUUCAGCUCACGCUGUUUAUUAUUAUAUAUUUUUAUUAUCGUUUUAAAGGAAGUGGGCGAUAUGAGAUCAGAUCUGGAUUAGAUUUCCCCGAAGGUGAAACUCGAGGUGUCACACAGAGUAAAAAAAUAUUAAAAACCUUCCGUCUGCUCGUAUCUAACAAUAUUUCCUGUUUGCCUAGGUGGGCGUCGCCAGCCCCC